GCAGGUGGCUGCAAGGCACGAACCGGUCGAACCGGUCGAACUGGCCUUGCAACUAUGCAACUGUUUUCGCUUCUGCUUCUGGCCCUCUUUUCUGGGCUGGUUGUCAGCCAGACAUGCAGUCCCACGAGCAACUGCAAAGAAGGAUGCUGCAACAAGUUUGGAAACUGUGGCUUCGGACCGGACUUCUGUGGCGCAAACUGCAUCUCAGACUGUGGCCGCAAAUCCGAGUGCAAUCCGGGGUAUGGGUCUGAGUGGCCAAAGCGAGACAAGUGCCCUCUGAAUGUCUGCUGCUCCAAGCAUGGAUACUGCGGUACCACCAAGGACUUCUGCGACGACAAGAAGGUUGAGCACAAGACAUGCUCCAAGGACAGCGGAAACCCGCGCAUCGUCGGCUACUUUGAAGGAUGGGCUUCGAACCGGCCAUGCAACGUUUUCUGGCCUGAGCAGAUCCCCAUCGGGCUGUAUACGCAAAUCAACUUUGCUUUCGCCACGAUCGACCCUGUCUCGUUCAAGGUCAUGCCGGCGACGCAGGCGGACGUCAACCUCUACAGGCGAUUGAUGCUGAUCAAAAAGCAGGAUCCUGACCUCAGGAUCUUCAUCGCCAUUGGUGGUUGGACGUUUAACGACCCAGGCCCAACGGCGACGACCUUUUCCGACAUUGCCGCUUCGGUGCCUCGACAGACGGUUUUUAUCGAAUCCCUCAUAUCUUUCAUGUCUACCUACGGCUUUGACGGCGUCGACCUGGACUGGGAGUAUCCUGCUGCGGAUGAUAGAUCCGGCAGAGAGGUGGACUUUGACAAUUUCCCCAAGUUCAUGGCUCGCCUAAGGGAUUCGCUGCGGGCGAGCAACAAGGGCAUCUCGAUCACGAUCCCGGCAUCCUACUGGUAUCUGCAGCACUUUGAUCUCAAAGCAUUGUCAAAAUCUGUCGACUGGUUCAAUGUUAUGUCCUACGACUUGCACGGUACAUGGGACAAAGGCAACGAAUGGACAGGCGCCUUCCUCAACACCCACACCAACCUGACAGAAAUCGACCAAGCCCUGGAUCUGAUCUGGCGAAACGACAUUGAUCCUGGCACCGUUGUUCUUGGCCUUGGCUUUUAUGGCCGCGCCUUCACCGUGACCAGCCCAUCCUGUAUCGAGCCGGGCUGCACGUUCGAAUCGGGGGCUGAAAUGGGGGAGUGCAGCAGGGAAGUUGGCAUCCUGCUCAACUCCGAGAUCGACGACCUGGUUGAAAAGAACGGAGUCAAGCCCAAACUGUACGAAAAAGAGGCAUCCAAAGUGGCUUCCUGGGGCAAUCAGUGGGUGUCGUACGACGACGAGGAAACCUUCAAGCUCAAAUCCGAGUACGCGCAAUCCAUGUGCCUCGGCGGGCUGAUGGUUUGGGCCAUCAGCCACGACACCAAGGACGCCAAGUACAGCAAGGCCCUGGCCAAGGUCGCCAACCGCAAAAUCACGGCGGUGCUGUCCGUGACCGACGGCUCAGAUGACACGUACCAGCCGACCAAGAAACCGAUACAGCAAUGCAAAUGGACCAACUGCGGCGAAGGCUGCCCGAACGGCUGGAUCCACAUGAAGCGCGAGGACCCCGGGGCCAGGACCGACGAGUACAUGCUCGACGGAGGCGGUUGCGGGGGUAUCGGCUCGCACGCCUUCUGCUGCCCGUCGGACCAGAAGCUGCCAAAGUGCGGGUGGUACAGCCACAACAACGGCCGCUGCAGCCCCGAGUGCCCAGAGGACUACGGCGUCGUAGGCGGCAACAGCCAGUACUGCAACAACGGGCUGUGGCAGCACGCGUGCUGCUCGCGGGACACAAAGAGCCUCCAGCUCUACAUGAACUGCCACAUCGGGUGCGACGCGGGGAACACUUGCCCGAUGGAGUGGGCCAAGACCAAGUGGUCGGACCAGAACACGCUCCUAGUGUCGUCCGGGACCGGCAUGGGCGGCGCAAACUGCUUCAGCCAAAAAAAGACGAACCUGUGCUGCAACGCUAACAACCAGAAGGCCACCUUUUCCGACUGCAAGUGGUACGACUACGGCCUGGGCCCCAGCGACGAGGGCUUCUGCCGCAACAACUGCCCCAGCGACCGCGUCAGGGUCGCCCUCGACUCCAAGGCCGAGGGCUGCAAGGGCGGUGGCAAGGCCAACUGCUGCGUCCCGGUCUACUACGACACGAUCGAGAAGAGGAACGACAGGCUGGACGCCUAUGAGAACGCGCUGAAGAAGUGGCUCGAGGACCCGUACUGCAGCAACCCGGGGUCGAUCCUUAACGGGCGAACCGCCGCGGUGCCAGCCCCAGAACCGCCGCUGCUCCUGGGAGACGGCGGCGCCCAGAACCCAAGCGCCCUGGUGAAGCGCGCCACCAACCCCGGCCAGUCGGCGACCGAGGAUCUCUGCUUGAACAUCCUGACGGCAAGGGUGGUGUCGGAAAUGGUCAAGGUCAUGGGCGAGCUGUGGGACGAGCACAUCGGCGGCAAGUGGUCGAACCUCAAGGUGGAAAAGCUGAAGCCCUUUGCCAAGAACACCCACGAGUGGGAGAAGGACAGCCCGAUCCAGUUCUGCCACGACCUGGUCUGCAGCCCCUACACCUGGGCGGGCCGAGUCGGCGGGAGCAAGGAGGUCGACUGCAUCAACGGCUUCUGCCGCACCGACGGCGACUGCAGCGGCACCAUCCUCAGCCGGCGCUCGUUGACGCCGUCGCAGCAGCUCAUGGCGGUCAGCAGGGCGCCUAGGGACGUCCACUGGGUCGAGCAGUGGUCCAGCGCGAGAGACUUCACGGCCCACCUCGUGGACGCGCAGGGUCAGACGUUUGACCUUACAAUUACUUUGCCAACAUACGAUUCUCCAUCGCAAUGGCCCUUAAACCAUCCAAUCUUUGACGAACUCAUUGACUACGCCAGCUUCGACGACUGCGGGAACCUCCAGCUGGGCCUCGAAAGAACGCCCAACGGACGGUACUACCAGAUCGAGCACCCAUUCGACGGCAACGUCGUGGCUAGAUUUCUGGAGAACGCAGCAGCUGGGACAUUGAGGAGUGGCGCAGUGGCCAGGACUGGCGCGGUCAGCAUGAGUUUCUUCCGCGUCGCAAGCGUCAUGCCGUUCUCGGGAACGCCGCCUCCCCUUCCUGGGGGAAACAAUUAUGUGCUGCUGUUCGACCGGGUCAUGGAAUGCUUGGGCAGCAGGCAGAACACCGCACCUUUCAGCGGCGUCCACGAGGACAUUAACGCCGCCAAGGGCAGGCUGGCAAUGGGCAAAGAUGUCUUGGAUCGAAGACGGUGGACUGCCAUGUGUUCGGACCAAACCGCAGCCGACAAAGUGCUCAGCAAGCUGCGGGCAGCCAUCUCGACCAUCAACUACCUGAAUAUGCAGAGUCACCCGGACCCCGACGGCCGCCUGACGACGGUGGUUAACAACGUCGGCAGGCAGCUCGCGCACGCGCAGACGGAGUGGAACCGGAACAACCCGGCCGGCCAGGUCCAGAUUGUCAAGUACUGGCGGGAGUGGGUCAGAGACUACUACCCGUGGCUGACGAGGUACACAAGGACCUUCUGCAGUGAUCUCAUUGCGGAAAUGAAGAAGUACUGGGGCGUGUCGACGGGCGACAAGGCAAUGCAGGUGCUCGAAGCCUUGUCCAAAAUGUCAGACGAAAUCGAGCGAAUAAGUAUCAGAACGGCGGGGUUCGACUGA